AUGGAGCACAAUGUCGAAGCUAGGGCUGAAUCGCCCGAUGCGGAAGCGGAAAUCAACACCGCGAGGAACACACCGCCGCCCGGAUAUGGUCUGAAUGAGAAGGCUGAGGGGAUGGAAUCGGAGGAAAUCGAAUAUCUAUAUCUCAAUUUCGACACACCACUACCCCCACCGGCCGGUAUAUCGUCCCCGGAACCUGGUCAGCAGCCGCCGCCAGAACCUCCCAACCUCAAGAAAUAUAUGUCCCCGUUCCUCUGGUCUGAACGGCGCAAGUCACUCAUUACGUGGAUCUCCUGCGCAGUGACAGCACUCGCGGCAUAUUCGGCUGGAGAGUUCAACCCGGCAUCCAAGGUACUUAGUCCUAAAUGGCACAUCAGUACCGUCGUGUACGAUCUGGGCAUCACCAUCUUCACAACCGGGUUCGCGAUUGCGCCCAUGGUCCUAGCCCCAUUCUCAGAGAUCAAUGGCAGGAGACCCAUGUUCAUAUCCAGCGGUAUCCUUUUCACGGUAUGCCUCAUCGGAUGCGGAGCAACGGACUCUUUUGGCGGGAUGCUUGUGGCGCGAUUCUUCCAGGGUGUAGGAGGAUCUACUUUUUCCACUAUGGUUGGCGGAGUCAUCAGUGAUAUCUACCAUGCAGAAGACCGCAAUGCCCCGAUGGCGUUAUUUUCUGGCGCAGCACUGUUCGGCACAGGCCUCGGCCCCUUGAUCAGCAGCAUCAUUGUACACCGGACCUCCUGGCGAUGGGUAUACUAUUCACAUGCUAUUGCCUCUGCCGUUUGCGUUCUCGUAAUCUUCAUAUCGUUCAAGGAAACGCGUGGCAGCAUCCUCCUAAGUCGCAAAGCGAAAGCGCUCAACAAAUACUAUGAAAGACUGGAAGAGGCAGGUUACAUUGGAGUUCUGGUGCCGGAUACGUCCACGGGAAGACGGCGAGUUCAGCGCAUCCGAUGGAAAGUCAAGGGCGACGAAGAGCGGGAAUCGCUGGUCAAGAUGAUCAGCAUCUCCUGUUAUCGGCCGUUCCAUCUGCUCUUCACAGAGCCUGUCGUGUUCUUUUUCUCGCUUUGGGUCGCUUUCAGCUGGGCGGUCCUCUAUCUCCAGUUCGGCUCUAUUCCGCUGGUUUUCAUGGCAAACCACAACUUUAAUUUGGAGCAAGUCGGCGCUGUAUUUACCGCAAUUUGCGUUGGAUCUAUUAUCGCCACUUUCGUGAGUAUCUACCAGGAGAGGCUCGCUCAGCGAUUUGGCAAGCUCUCCAGUACACCAGAGGGGCGGUUAUAUUUCACCUGCAUUGAAUCGGCCUUGAUGCCCGCGGGACUCUUCUGGUUCGGUUGGACCUCCUUCUCGUCUAUCCCAUGGAUCGUGCCAACGCUUGCUGUCGGCUGUGCGACAAUGGGCAUCUUUUCUAUCUACCUGGCCGUGUUUAACUAUUUGGCCGAUACCUAUCACCGAUAUGCAAGCUCUGCUCUAGCGGCCCAAUCUUUCUGCCGUAACCUGCUCGGUGGUAUAUUUCCCUUGGUAACGAAUAGCAUGUUCAACAAUCUCGGCUACCCGGCUGCAUCUAGUCUCCUAGGUGGCAUCGGCGCUCUUCUCACGAUUGUUCCUUGGGUGUUGCUGUUCUUUGGGCCAAAGAUUCGCGCUAAGAGCAAAUUCGCUAGCGAAAUCAUGCAUCAGAAUUAG